AUGGAUGCAAAGAAGGUAAAGACAAAAGGACACUCAAAACUCCCCCAGCACUUGGCUGAAAACUGUAACUUUUGGCCAGCCUACGUCACAUAUAUCUCCCCCGUGGUGAAAAAACUCAUUGAGAAAAGCAAAGCUAGAGAACUAGAAUGCAUGAAGGCCUUGGAGGAAAGUCAAGUUACUUCGAGGCCGAGCAAGCCGCUCAGCACCACCCAACUGAAAAGGAGAAAGUGGACCAAGUCUUCUGGCAACUUUCUCAAGGACAUGAAGUCAGAGGGCAUGUCAGCAGCGUGGGACACUGUAUCUGGUCCCACCAUCAUCCAAGACACUAUGCAUUUCCAGUCGGAUGCCAGAGACAACUCCAUGGCAAACUACAACAAGAUCAUCUUCUCUCGAAAACCAAUGGCAAGGAUGCUCCCGUUCAGCUCACUUCUGGCCAGCAAGGAGCAGCCGGCCCCCAAGCUUAUGUAGUAAUUAAGC